CGCAUCCAAAACUGUCGUAACCUUAAAAACGCGUAAAACAUUUUAGCAGUACCGCAAGGAUGAAUAAAUAAAUAUUAGUUCUCAGUACAUUUUUCUGCAAUCUUAGACUUUAUAUCUUAAAAUGGAUGUUGGGGAGUUGUUAAACUACAAGCCUUCGCAAGCUGUAAAACGACCUGGUGAAAACGACGAAGAAGAUGACGAUGACCGCCAGAAGAAGAUGCGGCGUUUGGCACGUGCAAAAGCCAAAGAAAUGACGCGUCGUUCAUCGCCUACUCCCUCACUUGCAAUCGACACCAUCACCGAAGAAGAACGUGCCGAAAUACUUCGAUUUGUAGAAACGGAACACACAGAGGGUGAAGCACUUGAUGAAGCAGCUAUAAAGAAAAUCGUCCUCAAUUUCGAAAAGCGAGCAUUGAAAAAUCGCGAAAUGCGGAUUAAAUUCCCCGAUUCCCCUGAGAAAUUCAUGGAAAGCGAAUUGGAACUCCACGAAAUCCUGCAGGAAAUGCGCAUAUUAGCAACCGCCCCUGAUUACUAUCCACUCAUAGUCAAACUUCAAGUCAUUCCAAGUUUAUUAGAACUUUUAUCACAUGAUAACAGCGACGUAGCUGUUGGUAGUAUCGAAUUAUUGCAAGAAUUAACAGAUGUUGAUAUUCUAAACGAAUCAGAUGAGGGAGCUGAGGCACUUGUUGACGCUCUGCUUGAACAUCAAAUAAUUGCAUUAUUAGUGCAAAAUUUAGACAGACUAGAUGAAACUGUCAAAGAGGAAGCGGAUGGGGUUCAUAACAGUCUCGCCAUUGUAGAGAAUUUGACUGAAUUACGCCCGGAAAUCUGCGUAGAUGCUGCCAAACAAGGAUUACUCCAGUGGAUAUUGAAGAGGCUGAAGGUAAAAGGUCCAUUUGAUGCUAAUAAACUAUAUGCUUGUGAAAUGUUGUCCAUUCUACUGCAAGAUAACGAUGUAAACCGAUCUCUACUUGGAGAUAUUGACGGUAUCGAUGUUUUGUUACAACAGCUGGCUAUUUACAAACGACAUGAUCCAACAAACGCCGAAGAGAAUGAACUUAUGCAGAAUUUAUUCAAUUGUUUGUGUAGCGCGUUGAUGUGCAUCCCCAACAGAGACAAAUUCCUCAAGGGUGAAGGUCUACAAUUGAUGAAUUUAAUGUUGAGAGAAAAGAAGACUUCGCGUAAUGGUUCCCUGAAAGUAUUAGAUUAUGCGGUGUCAGGGCCACAUGGUAAAGAUAACUGUAACAAAUUCGUUGAUAUUUUGGGCUUGAGGACUUUGUUUCCCCUAUUUAUGAAAACACCAAAGAAAAAUCGCAAGCGUGUGUUUUCUUCUGAAGAACACGAAGAACACGUUGCUUCGAUUAUUGCUUCUUUAUUGAGAAAUUGUAGAGGUGGGCAGAGGCAGCGAUUGAUUUCGAAGUUCACAGAGAAUGAUCAUGAAAAGGUGGAUAGAUUGAUGGAGUUGCAUUUUAAGUACUUGGAGAAGGUGGAGACUAUCGAUGAACAAUUGGAUGAGAAUAUGGAUGAGGAUGAGAGUUAUAUAAAGCGGUUGGAAGGCGGUUUGUUUACAUUGCAAUUGGUUGAUUAUAUUGUGUUGGAAGUGUCGAAUGCAGGCCCGCCGAGCAUUAAAGCAAGGGUGUUGCAGAUUUUGAAUUUAAGGAAUGCGUCUGUGAAGACCAUCAGGCAUGUGAUGAGGGAAUACGCUGGGAAUUUGGGGGAUGAAGGUGAGAAGGAAUGGAGGGAUCAGGAGGAGCAGCAUAUUUUGAAUCUUAUUGAUAAGUUUUGAAUAUGUGUUUGAUUUUUCUUUGUUUUGAUACUUUGUAAUUCUAAAUAGAAAUAAAGAUUAAUUGCUAUUUGGCAAAGUAUAAAA